GCCCUGUCGACUGCAAGCGAAGGGGGAUUGAAUAAACGGGCGAGGUCACUUGACGUCUCGAAAAGUUGUCGAAGAAAGGGGGAUGAUUGGAAAAGACCCCCCGUCCUGAAAAACCAGGAGUGUAGGAGGGAGCCAAGCGAGGGGAAGAAUCCAAGGAUCAGCCCAUUUCCCCGCCAUAGCAAUGAGAGAGCUCCCUGGCGACCAUCAACUGAGCUCUUUUUCCGGCCGUCAGGUGAAAAUGCAACGAGGCGUGCGUCUGCCGAGCGUGCGAUGAGCUGGACCUCGUCGCUAUGUCAAUAACUCCCAAGGCCUUGGCUGCUCGGUGCAACUUUGUUAAUAGAGAUCAGCAAACCCAGACUUUCCCGGCGCUAGAACCGUCCUUUUUCUUGGGGACUGUUUCUGCACCGCCAGGCGCGGCGAUCUUCGAUGCCAGCGCGCCAAUCACUUGGCGGGGAGCUGAUUGGGGGCCAUUGGCGAACGGCGGAAGGCUUGGGCAUGACGACAAUCAAACAACAUUCCAGCAGCGACAGCUCAGCAAGCCCUGCGAUCCCGACGAUCCUUCAUUCUACCAUGACGUGGCGCCGUCGAAUAUCCUUUUGAUAACCGGGGAUUGUGGGAAAGCUCCGCCAUGAGCAAGAACCGCUUCGUCAUGCGCUCUGCUGCCCGAGUCCGACGUCCCUCUGGCUUUUGGGGGUAGCGGUGUCAAAAGUGCAAAAAUGGAAAAGAAAAGGAAAAUGGCUGAAGGCAAGGAACAUAGCAUUAUAGUGUAUUAGCCAAAA